AAAAAGGAAAUUGCGAUUACUCCAUUUUUCUCGUUCUGGUCCUUUUCCUCCAGGGUGGAAGCAGAGAAAACCAAUGGGUCGUCUUCCUUCCAGCCCUAGAAAGCGAAACUCAACUUCCCCUCUCCGUUCCUUUUUUUCACUCCCACAUUCUUCCGCCAUUGUUGGUGGCUUAAUGAUAUUGCUUACUCUGCCAUUUUGAUCUGGAGUACGGCACAAAACUUCCUUCUGGGACUCGGGGAGGAGCAGGCGAGUUUGCUCAUUCAUAGUCCGAAAGAUGGCAACUUUAUCCCUCUGAUUCAAUAAAGAAGUAGCCCCUUUGUUGGCUCCUGCAGAAGGGUUUCGUUUUCCCAUUCUCUUAGUUCGAUUUUUGAUAGCCAUGGCUAGGCGCCAUGGAUGGCAACUCCCCGUCCACUCUUUUCAGAUCGUGGCUAUAACAGUUUUCUUCUUGCUAGCGGUUGCGUACUAUGCCUUCUUUGCGCCUUUCCUUGGGAAGGACAUCUAUGAAUAUAUAGCUAGUGGUGUUUAUUCUGUUUUGGCGCUAUCUGUCUUCACUCUUUACGUGCGAUGCACUGCCAUUGACCCUUCUGAUCCUGGCAUUCUGCUCCAAGUUGCUGGGACAGCAGCAGAUAAAUCACAGAAUGGCACUGAUAUUCCUGAAAAUGGACCUUCGAUUGAGGAAGCAAACAAGGUUGGGUUAAGUACUGGAGGAGCAUCUGGUAGACAUGGUUCAACAUGUUGCUCAAUUCUUGGAUGCUUCUGCUGCGGAUUUCUGGCCAAAGCUGACUGCCGGAGCGAUGAAGACAUACUUUCUGGAGAUGAAUCUUUGUUCUGCACAUUAUGCAAUGCUGAGGUUCAUAAGUUCAGCAAGCAUUGCAGAAGUUGUGAUAAAUGUGUCGAUGGAUUCGAUCACCAUUGCCGUUGGUUGAACAACUGUGUAGGAAGGAAAAAUUACAUCUCCUUUAUUACUCUCAUGGCAACCAGCCUCGUUUGGCUUGCUGUUGAGUUUGGUGUUGGUGUUGCAGUCCUUGUUAGAUGCUUUGUGGAUCGAAAAACUAUGGACCAUCAAAUAUCAGAAAAGCUUGGCAUUGGGUUCUCCCGCCCUCCAUUCGCGGCAGUAGUGGCACUCUGCACUUUUGUAUCAUUCCUUGCCACAAUACCCCUGGGCGAGCUAUUCUUCUUCCACAUGAUUCUGAUCAGAAAGGGUAUCACAACAUACGAGUAUGUUAUUGCUAUGAGAACACAAAGUGAACCACCGGGACCAUCGGUCGAUGGAGGAGGUGAGCAGCAAAGUCUUCCAUCUUCACCGACAAGUUCUGCCGUGACAGCAAUUAGUGGAAGAAGUUCACUUGGAAUGGGGUUGCAGUACAAAGGCGCUUGGUGUACCCCUCCAAGAAUCUUCAUGGACAACCCGGAUGAGAUCAUCCCACAUUUGGAGCCAGGACGCCUACCUUCGACUGUUGAUCCCGACACAUUACCAGAAGGCAGCAAGAGAUUACCACCACGUCAAGUAAGAAUCAGUGCAUGGAAACUCGCAAAACUGGACUCCAAUGAGGCAAUGAAGGCAGCUGCUAAAGCCCGAGCAUCUUCCUCUGUCCUCCGCCCAAUCAAAUCUCCUCGACACCAGCCUUACGACGCAGAUCAUCUCUCUGGCAGCAACUUCAGUGCCAGGAGCAGCCCCAUGAAUCCAAUCGAUCAACCUGGCCAAAGCAACGCUUCUUACGCCCCAAGCAACAUGAGCCAGACGAGCAGGGAGGACAUCGAGUCAUGCCGCCACAGCAUCAGCAGUGCCAAUGUCUCACACCUUGCUGCAUCACCAAUGCAGAAUCGAGACCAUUUCAACCCGAUGUAUCAGCCCUCAGCCGGCCAGUCUCCACUGUCGUCAGCUGUAAAUCACAAUGUGGGUCGAGUCCAGCCCCAAGUGGCAGCUGCUGGGAGAAGGAACAAUAAUAUGGGUGGUGGUGGUGGUGGGAUGGAGAGUAUGAGAGCUACGGUUCAUUGGGAUCCGGAUGCUGGCCGGUUUGUUUCCUCAUCGAUCCCAAGAGUCGGUGGUGGUGGUGUGGCUUCUGCCAAUAAUGCAGGUGUGUCGCAGGUACCAGGAGCAGACCUUUUGCACACGGAGCAAUCCAUAUUCUUCGGAGGGCCAGUGGUUGGUCAUCAUCAGGGGAGGUCGCAGAGGGGCGGGCAGCUACCCGUGUUUGUUCCGAGUGAUUAUAAUCAGCCGAGUGAGUUCCCACCGGGAUACAGAUUCCCAUAGGCUUUCAAGUUUUAACCUGGAAUGUAGGAAAGAGAGGAAUGCAGAAUUUGUGGUACAGAAUUUUUCAGAGUUCUCUCUUUUUGGAUUAGGUUGGUAGAUUCUGUGUUUUGUGAGGACGAUUUCACUGACCACAUUCUUAAUUUUUUUUAAUCCAAUGCAUUUCUAUGGUCGAAGUUAGAUCUUCAUGCUCACUCAGUGUCCAAAUCAAAAUUGAUUUGCAGAAGUGGAUGGGUGUGUGAGACCAAAACAAGGAAAUAAAU